AUGCAAUGCGCUGCUUUGCCAGUGAGCGUGUAUUUGAAAUCCAUAAAAGGGUGCAGCAAUUCUCGUCGUGUGUCAUCCUACCUUCGUCGGCAUUGGUUACAGGAGGCAGAGGAGGGUGAAGGUGGAAGUGAGCGGGCGGUGAAUGAGGCAGCCUUGGCAGGUGUUAGUGGACAGAACAGCGUUGCAGCCCGACAACGCGCGUUCUCGGACCCCAGGGCUCCGUGUCCUCAUCUCUUGUACCAUCAACAGCACAAUCAGCAUCAACAGCAGAACCCGCUACGACGCCACCCACCACCAGCACGCCACUCUGUUGCCUUCUUCGACGCGCCCUCCCCCGUCUCUCCCAAAUUCUCCGCUCUCCACUCUCCACCACCUCAGACACCCUCUCCGCCUCUCCCCAUCUCUCCAAUCUCCAUCAAGGACAAAUAUCGGGCUAUUUUUGACCUUCCUCUUGGUGCGUUUGUUCCUUCGUCUCUAACCUUGGUUAUCUUGCUAUUUUGUCUGAUCUUCGAACCUUAG